AUGGAGGAAGAAGAUCCUUUGUGCCCCCCAAUCCUGUUCACCGCAGCGGAAGAAAGAAAGUUUUGUCGAGCAUAUAGGUCGGCCCUAGUGGUGAAAGUUUUGGGGAAGUCAGUAUCGUACACGGGUAUAUCCAACAGGCUGAACGUUAUAUGGGCAAAAGCAGGAGGGAUCCAAGUAGCAUCGAUCAAGAAUGGGUAUUACCUUGUACGAUUCACGAGCGGUAUGGACUAUGAACGAGCGACAACGGGGGGACCAUGGAUGAUUGGCGACAAUUAUCUUACGGUUCACAUGUGGGACAAGGGUUUUAACCCUUACAACCAUGAGAUCUCUUCGACGUUGGUUUGGGCUCGGCUACUCGACUUGCCUGCUCAUUACUUUCACCCGGAGGCUAUGAUGAAAAUUGCGCAGCGCAUUGGAAAGCCGUUAUGGGUGGACCAUGCAACGAGUACAGGUGCUAGAUUGGAUUAUGCGCGGGUCUGCGUUCAGGUGGACCUUCAGAAGCCGCUCCUGUCGCAAUUUAAGAUUCAUGGAAUUAAAUAUUUCAUUCAAUAUGAGGGCUUGGAUAAUAUAUGCUUACAAUGUGGGACUUACUCGGCCCGAAGCUACUGUGCCUGCUCUCCGCAGAGGCAGAUGGAACAAGAAAAAGAGAAUACGACGGAACCGCCAGUGCCAAGCGACCCAACCGGGGAUCAUUCCUCCCCAAGCCCUCCAGAGAAGGAACAAGUGUACGGGGAUUGGAUGAUCGCGAAGAAAAAAUCUAAGGCUCGCAAGGUUGCUCAACAGGGAAGGGCUGACCAGAGAGAUCAACGGGGACUCGAGCAUGCAGCUAGUGGGAAGGGGGGAUCUCGGUUCUCUGUACUAAACGUAGAGGAAGAUGUGGUGACGCCAAAGGAAGUGAGUGCUACCGAGGGGUUACGACCAUACGUAAACUCCAAAGAGGCAGCCUCACGGGUGCCAAGCCAAAAUACAAAAUGGCAAGAGAAACCAGGAGGGAAACGCCCAGGGAAGGAACAUGUGAAUAUAGCUACCCACCCAAGCCAGCCGUCCCAGAGAGAAGCCGACCAGAGAAGCUCACCGAGUGUUCGAGAUUCCCGGACAGUGAAUAAGCUACCCAUGCAGCAAGAGAAUAGGGAACUGACCCCUGAACUGGUCUCGAGCUCCCAUGCUUUGAAAUUUGCGACGGGAGAGGUAGCUCAACCAGUAGUGCCCAAGGAAAAUGACCAACGAUCCAGACCACCAGCGAGUCCGCCAGAGAAUGGGGAAAUGGGGAUGGAGAUCGAAGGUACAGUGAGAGAUACGGACCCUAGUCCGGUGAACAUAAGGGCGAGUCCCAGCAAUGGGGCUCCUACCCCCCUUGCGUAA